GCUGCCUCCUCCUUCCUGGCUAGCUUGGGCCCUACUGGAGUUCAGGCUUCACAGAGGCCUACACCAGACCUCCGUGGAAGCCCCGCCCACCCGCCGAUCAGCUGAGAGGCGGGAGAAAAGGAGCUCUUUGCAGCUUGCCUGCUGCUUCGAUUGCCGGCCAGGAGAACAAGCUGGAGAGACGGCAAAGAGGACCCUGCCUCGUUCUCAAUGUACAGAAAGCUGCCACCCUGGAUACGCCAAGGUGAUUAAAGAAGGAGAACCAAUUUGCUGCUAUGAUUGUGCUCCAUGCAAGGGAGAGACCAUCUCCACUCAGGAAGAUUCAGACAAUUGUAAUAAGUGUCCAGAAGACCAGCAUCCAAACAAGGACCAAGAUCAAUGUGUCCCCAAAGUAGUAACAUUCCUAUCCUAUGAAAAACCUUUGGGGGUCACCUUAGCUUGCUUUGCCCUGUUUUUGUCUUUAUCCACAGCAAUUGUUUUAGGAAUCUUCAUUAAAUAUUUAGACACUCCAGUCGUCAAAGCCAACAACCGUGACCUCUCCUACAUGCUCCUGGUCUCCCUCCUGCUCUCCUUUUGGUCCUCCUUUCUGUUCAUUGGUCAGCCUCGGAAAGCGACCUGUCUCCUACGACAAACUGCCUUCAGUGUCAUCUUCUCAUUUUCCAUCUCUUGUGUGUUGGCCAAAACCAUCACUGUGGUGGUGGCAUUCAUGGCCACCAAGCCAGGGAACAGGAUGAGGAAAUGGCUGGGGAAGAGUCUGGCCAACUCCAUUGUCUUGUCCUCUUCCAUUGUCCAAGUGGGCAUUUGUGCUAUCUGGCUGGGCAUCUCUCCCCCCUUCCCAGAGGCUGACAUGCACUCCCAGGCUGGGCAGAUCACCCUGCAGUGCAAUGAAGGGUCUGUCACCAUGUUUUACACUGCCCUUGGCUACAUGGGCUUCCUGGCGGCCAUCUCUUUCACGGUGGCUUUCCUAGCCAGGAAGCUGCCUGGAUCCUUCAACGAGGCCAAGCUGAUCACCUUCAGCAUGUUGGUCUUUUGCAGUGUGUGGGUGUCCUUUGUGCCCACCUACCUGAGCACCAAGGGGAAAUACAUGGUGGCUGUGCAGGUCUUCUCCAUCUUGGCCUCCAGCCUGGGAUUACUGGGUUGCAUCUUCAUUCCCAAAUGCUACAUCAUUGUACUAAGACCUGAUCUAAAUACAAAGGAGCAUUUAAUGAUGAAAACUGAACAUUGUAUCUGA